AAGACAAUGCAAAACCCUACAAAUCGCUCUCGGGUCUGCCUGGAGAACCAAAUCAGCUUUUCAGUUUCAGUUUAUUGCUCUGCGAUUUAUGAGAUAUUUCCAGACUCCGAUCUAAUUUCAGCAAAUUGUCGAUCGCUUUCACCGGGUUUAUGGACACAGCUAAAUUUUAAGUGCAAAGAUGGAUGAUAUUGUGGCGGUAGAUGAGUUGAAACCGGAAGAUGGUAGACCAAAGGUGGACCAGGUUAGGAUCAAUGCUCUGGCCGCGGAUCUGGCGGCGGCUAUAAAUGGUGCAUAUAUGAAGAAAGGGGGAGGGGAAUCGCAGGCCAAGGAGCCUGGUCAAAAGCUGGCCAUAGAACCCUCGCUCUCGAGCCAAAAUCUGAUUAUUGGCGAAAAUGUUGAUAAUAAUAUUGCCAAGGAGAGUUUUAAUUCGGAAAAAAUGAGUUCCGAAAAAUCGUUGUCCUUGGAGCUGGAACCCUUGAAUGUAGCCUUCAGUAUUCUGCCCAAGCCAAGUCCUAGCAGUGACAAUCUCAACUGCAGGCAACCCCCAAAGGAGCCUCUGGAUGGCCAGCUUCUGCGUAUCCUGCAUGAUCCCGAAUCCUGUUCCUUUAAGGUCUACGUGGGCAAGUACAAGUUCCGCUGUCAUCUGCAUGUGCUGCAGGCCCACUCUAAGUACUUCCGGGACUACGAGGAUGUGGGAACUCUAAGAGCCCACCUGCCCACUGACAUGGUGACCCCGACGGCCUUCCAUGUGAUCUACAACUGGAUGCUGGACAUCACCAAGAGGCCGAAGGGCGGCUACUCCCUGGUGGAAAUAUACAGUGCAGCCACGUUCUUGAAAAUCGACGAGUUGCUGGAGUUUACCUUCACGUGCUUUAAUGAGAGCUCUGUGUCUGGAAGCCUGGCUUUUGGACUGUUUCUGGAGGCCCAGAAGUUCGAGAUUCGCAUGUUCCAGUUCCUGAUGCUGUCCCGCAUCGAGGAGUUCUUCCUGCCCCUGGUGGCCUCCAAGGAGUUUGUGCAACUGGACUUUUACUGGGUGCGGGAGCUGCUCAGCACUCACAACGUGGGCGUGAACAGUGAAAUCGAGAUCUUUAUGACCGCCGUUCGCUGGCUCAGCUAUGACUGGAGCGCUCGGAAGGACCUGAUGGAGCAGAUGAUGGACUGUGUGCGCUUCUGCCUGCUGCCUCCGCUCUUCCUCAGGUUUCUGCAGGGAGAACAGAAGACCCUGGUGCUGGACAGCAUUUGCCAGAGUCCCAAAAUCAGGGAAAAAGUCAACAAGGCCUUUGUAUACACCUCCUCCGAGCUCUGCGAGCUGACGCAGCGCAUCUUCAGCCUGGUCAAGGAGUUCGAGCCGCCGGAGCAGCGCAAGUGGAUCUUCGACAAGCGGUGCUCGUACCACCGCAAGCCGGGCGGCAACCAGGGGCAGUUCUUCACCUACCAGCAGUUCCUCAACUACCUGGAGUCGCUGCACGAAUCGCUGCCCGAUCUCGGCUCCUAGGUCAUCGGGGUCUUAGCCAAGUCCAACUCCACAUCCCCCUGCAAACCCAAAAACGCAAUGUGAAAGCCAGAAGGAAGUGUGCCGCAAUGUUCGGCCAGUCGCCGUUUUCAAUGAGGCACCUCUGAAAGCCAACUUUUGUUUGCCAUGCGAUUAUAAUGCCUGCUUUUGGCUCCGGCUUUUGGCCCACAGAGUCAACCGACAUUUGGCAACCAGAAAGACAACAGGCCGCUUAGCGAGUUUACUUAACAAUGGCAAGCGGCGCUGGCGGAUUAAAGUGGAGUGUCUUUAUAACUAAUUAGGUAAUAGUAGGGGGUUUGGGGACUUCGCGGUAACCAAUUCAUCAUAGUCAUGCUAUUUCGGUUACUUUCAAUCUCAGCGCCGUCUGCGGAAUUUGUAUCCUUUUUUAAUAAAUUUGUAAGUGGUUUUUCGUAAUAAAAAAUAAUACUUUGGAUGAAAUGUAA